AUGGAUGCAGCCGAGCCCCAAGCCUGGCAGGCCUCCUCGUCGAAGUCGCCUCGUUUCGACACCAGUCUUGAGAAUGAAGAAGAUCAUGGUCCUUCCGAGACGACCUGUCAUCUUCUGUCACUACCGGCCGAGCUCCUCGACGCCGUUCUUGCCCAUCUCUCGCCAAUAGAGCUCGCCCUCGUCGCCGGUACCUGUCGACACAUCCACCUUCACGCCACCGCCGACAGACAAUGGCUGCCACGCGUCCAGGCCAACGUUCCCGGCCUCGUCAUCUCCUCACCAUACCCAUGUCGUACCUUCCGAGAGCUCUAUGGCGCACAUGACCCUCACUGGUUCCUCCCCAAGUACAAGAUCUGGUUCUGCGACCGCAACCUCAUGGGCAAGAUCAUCGUCGUCCGCUACGAUCCUCGCCGUGGCUGCAUCGAAGGCUACCAGCUGCUCGCCGUCAGCCGUCGCCAUGCGUCGUUUCAGCCUUGGCCAGCCAACAGCGACGUUGUCAUUCAUGACUUUCGGCCGCAGGUCAAGCUACACCUUGACAAACCAAUCCUCCAGUUCCAUGUCGGCGACGACCCCGGCAUCCCCGCUGCGUUAACACCCCGCGUCACGUCCAAGUUCCAGGCCGAGACGCCCAUGAUACUGGACAACCGUCCAGGUUACGUCUUCAGCAACCUCUCCCUCGCACGUCCCGUCAAGGACGACGUGGCGACCGAAGCUCUUGCCAAAGCCUUUCCGUACGAUUGCAUAUGGCCCCCAAAGCCCAUACCUGCAAAACACCGGGUUGCAGGCUUUGCCGCGGUGCCGACGGCUGUGGAGGCGCUCAAUGAGAGGCCGCAGUCUCGGGCCGAGGCCUCGGAUCGCGCCUUCCGCAUACGGCAGUGGAUGGAUAUGGCCAACUAUGUCGGCUCCGACAGCCUACCGCCCAUAGCAGUCAUGCCGCCCCGUGGGCCGCCGCUCGGACCCCACAUUGGCGAGGAGAUCAAUACGUAUUCGACCCUGGACCCGGCCCUGUACACACCCACGGCACACAAGCCGUGGCGCGGCAUCUGGGUCGGCGACUACAGCGGGCACGGGUGUGAGUUUCUUUUGAUCAACCAGCCCGACGACAAGGACGCGACCGACGAAGAGCUCGGGCUUGCGAGGAACGCCUCGGAGAGUGAUGAGGAUUGGGCGAAUCGGCAGCUCGAGGCCAGGGUGUACCGCGGCAGGCUUGAAGCCAUCAAACUGACGGGAGACGCUAAUGUGCCCCGCGGCGAGUACACCUUUAUCGCUGAAGACCUGGGUCCCGAGGGGUCCGCCGGUGUCGCGACGGAGGAACCCUUUGCCGGAGCGCGCAUCGUCAAGAGCAGGGGGCACGUGGCGAAUACAGGGUACUUUAGCGACAAGUACAUCCCUUCACAGCUGUUUUUGAUAUCGCCGAACAAGCUGGCGCAAUUCUGGGUGGACUUUGGGCAUAUAAGCUAUUUCGAGCGCGUCGACAUUGACAGUCUGUUGACUGUAUCAUGA